GGGCGUUUUUUAUAAUACAGCCUGUAUAAGACGUGACAAAUGAAAAAGAAACAGUAGUGGUUGUAAUUACAGCAAUAUGAAAUAUUUUGUUGUUAUUUGUACUGUUUUACUGGCUACCACAGUCCAGGAUUUCACUGAUAAACAGAAAACCAAACAUGAUGAGUACUCCAAAGUGUGCUUAAAAAAGUCCAAAGUUGAAAAAUCAGUGUUGAAAGAAGCCAAGAAAGGUGUUUACUUUAAUGACCCUAAACUAAAAUACUAAAAAUUCAAGUAUACUGUUUUACCAAAAAAAUCAACUUACAAAAUGAAAAAGAAGAACUGCAAGUGCAACAAAUUAAAUAAAAAUUAAUUAUGCAGAUAAAGUACAAAAAAGAAGUGGACAACUUAGUCCAGAUGUGUCUCGUUGAGAAAAAUGUACCGAAUAUACAGCCUUCGAGAGCACGAAGUGUCUUCAUAAAAACUUGCCUAAAGAUGUUUCAUUAGUUUAAAAAUUGUUUUUUUUGCUGGUACAUGGUACUUUUUGAAACAAAUUGUUUUAUUACUUAUAGUUUUAAGCUUCCUUGUUACUACACUAUUUUCAUUACUCUUAUUUAAACAAUAUAACAUCCGAAUAACCAGGUACUAUUUAAGGUGACUCAUAUCAGAUAUAGUUGUAGUAAAAAGUUAUCGAUGUUACAUAAAUCAAGGUUGUCUUGAUGUCGAAAAGUGCUGAAUCAGAAAAUCAUUUUGCUAUUUUAUUUCUACUAGCAAAAUAUCUAGCUAAUACAAGAAAAUAACUUAUAAUUUGUUAAUCCUUGUAUUUAAAACGUCUUUUCAAGUAAAACCACAGCCUUAUUAUUUUCACACAUUGUUAAAUAAUCAGUUAAAUAAAUCUGUUUGUUUACGAUCAAGAACUAAAAGAAAAAUUUGACGUCGCACUUUUUAAAUGAUACAAAAACAAAAACAUUAGAGAAAAUACUUUUUUGUCAAGAUGUUUCAUUA